AUGUUGCUGUUGCAUGUGUGCAUCAGUGCCGGCGUUCUGCUGAGCCUCCCUCAGCGUACCGCAGGUAUUUGCACCGACGGGACACCCAAAGAGUGUCAGGAAGCAGACUUCGCCCCGGGAUCCAAUCUGGCAGGCGAAGGCUUUGAUAUAACCACCAUGGAGCGCAAAGGAGCCUUCGUGCUCAACAUGGACGCAUGGCGACGCAAGAACAGAAAAUGCACCCUGUGCGUCAACCCCUUCAUGGAGAACAAGAAGCAGAAGCUGCCUCUGUCCGUGCUGGACUGGAGGGCCAAGCAGUCCUGCAACUCCAAGGUGUCGUCCAAGCUGCACAAAUCCAGCGAGUCUCUGGUCAGCUCCAUUUCUUCUUCCGUUGAGAACAACUGGAAAGUAGGCUUAGAUUUUCAAACUAUAAAAACGGGUGCGUCGUUGAUGUUGGCUGGAACCAACUCGAAAGUAGCCGAUUACUCCAUGGAGAAAACAAAGAAUGACAAGUUCAGCUUCUCAAGCCUCGGCAUGUCCUGCGAGUACUAUAGCUACCGAGUGUCGGACUCGCCCAGGCUGCACAGGGAAUUCAGCAAAGCGGUGCAACAACUUCCUCCGGUGUACAGCUCCGAAAGCAAGACGCAGUUUUACAAACUCAUUGACACCUUCGGCACCCAUUACAUCAGCAAGGUGAAGUUGGGCGGAGAUGUUCAGUCUGUCACCAGCAUUCGCCAAUGUCAGGCCAGCCUGCAGAGCCUGAAUGCAGAGGAGGUGCAGAUGUGCCUGGAGGUGGAGGCGUCUGCAAGCUUCAGGGUCACGGUAAAAACCGAAUCAAAACACUGCAAGAAGGACAUAGAGAAGUCAGAGAGCAAGAUGGCGUUCUCAAACCUCUUCAGCGACAGGUUUACAGAAAUCAAAGGGGGCCAUACAACAGAGCCAGACCUCCUCUUCUCCUCUGAUAAAGACCCAUCAGCCUACAAGGAAUGGCUCAAGUCGAUUCCACAAAGCCCUGAUAUAAUCUCGUAUUCUUUGGGCGCUCUCCAUCAACUCCUGCCUCCUACAUCACCAACAUGGUCCAACCUGCGCUCAGCCAUCUCCCAUUACAUCCUGGAGAAAGGUCUGGCAGUCAACUGCACCGAGCGUUGUAGAAAAGAUUCGAGGGAUCAGUGCGUCUGCCAGUGUCAAAACGAUCCAGCGGUGAACCAGGACUGCUGCCCGACGAAGAAAGGCAUGGCCCGGGUGAUUGUCACCGCACAGAGGGCUACGGGUCUGUGGGGAGACUCCUUCACAUCCACAGACGGCUUUGUGAAAGUCAUUUACGGUAAUAAAGAACACCGUUCACAAGUCAUCACCAAUAACAACAACCCAAACUGGAAUAUGGUGGUAAAUCUGGGUCCGCAAGAUCUGUCUGUAGCAAACAAAGUGAGAUUUGAAGUCUGGGACGAGGAUCACGGUUGGGACGACGACCUCUUGGGAUCCUGCGAGCAGCUUCUGCAAAAAGGCAUCAAGGAGGACAUCUGCCCGAUGAACCACGGCAGGCUGUACUUCAAACUGGAAGUGACAUGUGCUCCGAGUCUGACCGGCGAUUCAUGCAGAGAGUAUCAACCAACACCGAUGAAUCAGAGCCUGAAGAAGCUUUACGUGUCACGUCACGCCCAUCCUAUUCCCAAAGCCAUGCUGCUGGAGAUGGGGGUGUUUCUGAACGAAUCUGUGUCCACAAAGUUAACUUUUAGGAAAAACCAGAGUCUUACUGCUAAAAGCCAAACAUAUUAUCUUAAAUAAGGCAAAAACACAAACUUAUACCAACUACUUGUGGGCAAGUUUCUAGUGCAAAUAUCUUCAUACACUGGAAAUAAGAAAACAAUAACUUACAAGUAACUUUUCUCCAACAUAUUGGAGCUUGUUUUAAGUCAAGUUUUCCUGAAAUGUGACCCAUUAUUAGAACAGGUGGAGCUAUACUCGGGUUGUUAGGUAACAGGUGGAGCUCCACUCGGGUUGUUAGGUAACAGGUGGAGCUCCACUCGGGUUGUUAGGUAACAGGUGGAGCUCCACUCGGGUUGUUAGGUAACAGGUGGAGCUCCACUCGGGUUGCUAGGUAACAGGUGGAGCUCCACUCGGGUUGUUAGGUAACAGGCCUGGGUUUCUGAUUUGUGACGUUAAUUUCCAGAGAUGUUUGAAAGGCUUUUUUUCCAAACACAAAAAAAAAAACAUUUACUCAUUGUGAAAAACUGGACAGAUUUUUCAAGUAGCAUCAAAGAACCAAAUGAAAGUACAAAAAAGUACAUCAUGCAAAUUUUAGCAUAUGUCCCGUUUAAUAUCGAUGGAAAAAGUACUGGAUACAUCAGCAGAUUGUUUCACUUAUAACAAGACAUUUUUUCCAUGUUACGUGAAAUGGUCUGCCAGUGGAAAUAGAACCAUUUCAUCAAUGUUAAGGGAUUAUUGACUUAAACAAGCUCCUAUAUCUUAGUUGUAAGUUAGUUUUGUCUUAUUUCAAGUUUGCUGAGAUGGUUGUACUAGACAAAAAUACUUGCUACAAUUGUCUUUUUGCAAUGAGAUUUUAAAAAGUUGCUGGCUCGCUAUUGCUGAGAUUGUUUUAUUAUCUGCACCCUUUGCUUUAUAUGACAAUGCUUUUAGAAAAAAAGCUAAGAACUAUUGUUUCUUUCUAAAAAAAUAAUUUAAAAAUAAAUAAUUAUACGGCCCCUGAUGUAGAGGCAAUCAGACAGAAAGAUAAACACACUUUGCUUGCUUGUAGGUGUAAUGAAAACAUAUAUCGUACAAAUGUUUCACCAUCUGUUAAACUCAGAUUUUUGUAAUUUUGGUCCAUUCAUGAAUUAUUUUUGUGAUUUUGUCAUGUUUUGUUUCAGAUAUAUUUUGUUCACUCAUUUGUUCAUUAUUUAAAGUAGUCAUCAUGCACGGCCUAACAUCUCCUUUUGAAAACAGGUGAGGCCAUUACUUAUUUCCAUACACCAUAUGAUUAAAGAACUAUAAACAUUUUUGCAUAAUUGACUAUAUUCCAAGCCAAAGUCAUGAAUGAACAUCUGUUUUCUCUUACAGAAAUGACAACUGUGAUUAUUACAAAUAAUUAGAAUAACUUUGUGUUUCUAAUGUCUUCAUUUUCACUGUUAUUGAAGGCCAGGUUAUGUUGAACUAAUUUAUUUUUAUUAUUUGAAUAUUCUACGCUGCUGAAUUAUUCUGU